AAAAAAAAAAAAAAAAAUGAAGCUUAAAACUUGUAUUCUCCCUUUGCUUUUUGUCCUUCUUCUCAUCUCUUAUUCUGUAAUUGCUACUGAAACAUCCAAAGAUGAAAAGAAGGCAAAUGAAGUGAAAGAAACAAACAAAGAGGAGGAGCCAAAGGAAACGGACCAGUACGGAGGCCGUUGUAGAUAUGGCUGCUGUGGUGGUUGGGGACGCUAUGGCUGUCGUAGGUGUUGCGCAUCCGCUAAUGAAGUAGAAGAAACAAACAGCGAGGAAUCAAAGGAAAUGGACCAGUACGGAGGCGGAGGCCGCUGUCGAUACGGCUGCUGCGGUGGUUACGGCCGCUAUGGUUGCCGGAGAUGUUGCACACCUCAUGCUGUAGUUGCGGAAAAAGAUGAUCAUGCAGUGGCUGGUAACCGAGAUGACGGUUAUGGUUACGGCUACGGUGGACAAGGUGGUUACGGCUACGGCUGGGGAGGUGGUGGCUAUGGAGGACGUGGCGGUGGCAGCUGGGGAGGCCGUGGAGGCAGUGGCUGGGGAGGUGGCGGCUGGGGAGGCCGUGGUGGUGGUGGCGGCUGGGGCGGUGGCAGCUGCCGAUAUGGUUGCUGUGGGCCCAGUAGAUAUGGAGGGUGUAGGUGUUGUUACUCAGCUGCAGAAGCAAAAGCCUUAGAUGAAAAUGAAGUCCAGCCUUAAAGUUUUCAAGAAUAUGUUGGAAUAAAAAGAAGAAGCAUCCAUGUAGUUAAUGUUAUAUAGUAUAUAGGAAAUAAAUAAAAUAAAAUAAAUAUGAAAGUUUAUGUAUGAAUAAUAUGGAUGCAUAUAUGGGGGUUUUAAUGUAUGUUUUUUCUACUACUUUUGCCUUAAUUAGGGUUAGAUCCCUAAUGGCAUUGUGAUUGAGAACUCAAGUUUGCAGUGAUAUUGUAAAUUUGAUACUUUCUGCCGUUGUGAAUGUGACUUAAUUUCGUUUGUUUAGUUA